AUGUUGAGUUCUCAGAAAGGGGAGUUGGGAAUCCGGCGCCUGCUGCUGUCGCUUCUCUUGUUGGCAGCCUGGGAGGCGGGGAGCGGCCAGGUCCACUACUCGGUGCCCGAGGAGGCCAAACACGGCACGUUCGUGGGCCGCAUCGCGCAGGACCUGGGGCUGGAGCUGGCGGAGCUGGUGCCGCGCCUGUUCCGGGUGGCGUCCAAAGGCCGCGGGGACCUUCUGGAGGUGAAUCUGCAGAACGGCAUUCUGUUUGUGAAUUCUCGCAUCGAUCGCGAGGAGCUGUGUGGGCGGAGCGCGGGGUGCAGCAUCCACCUGGAGGUGAUCGUGGACAAGCCGCUGCAGGUCUUCCACGUGGAGGUGGAGGUGAAGGACAUUAACGACAACGCGCCAGUGUUCCCUCUCAGAGAACAAAGAUUGCAGAUUUUUGAAUCAAAGCAACCAGACUCGCGUUUUCCGCUAGAGGGAGCUUCUGAUAUGGAUAUAGGAGAGAAUGCUCUAUUGACCUACAGACUAAGUCAAAAUGAGUAUUUUUCUUUAGAAUCAUCAACAAGUAGUAAGCGGAACAAACGGCUGUCACUUGUAUUAAAGAAGUCUCUGGAUAGAGAAAAAUCUUCAGAACUUAACUUGUUGUUGACGGCUACAGAUGGCGGAAAACCGGAGCUCACAGGCACAGUACAGCUCUUGAUCCGCAUAUUAGAUGUUAACGACAAUGAUCCGGAGUUUGAGCAAUCAGAAUACAAAGUGAGAUUGCUGGAAAAUGCUGCUAAAGACACUUUUGUAAUACAAUUAAACGCCACCGAUAGAGAUGAAGGAGUUAAUGGAGAUUUAACAUACACUUUGAAAUCAAUUAAGCCCAAUGGGAGACCUUUAUUUAUACUGGAUGAAAAUAAUGGAGAGGUGAGAGUCAAUGGAAUUUUAGAUUAUGAAGAAAACAAGUUUUAUGAAAUUGAAGUACAAGCCACAGAUAAGGGGAAUCCACCGAUGGCAGGACACUGUAUACUCUGGGUAGAAAUCUUAGAUGCCAACGACAAUGCUCCUGAAGUCACCGUGACUUCCCUGUCCCUCCCAGUUAGAGAAGACGCUCAACCCAGCACAGUUAUAGCCCUGAUUAGCGUUUCUGACAGUGAUUCUGGAGUCAAUGGGGAAGUGACCUGCAUCCUGACGCCCCAUACUCCUUUCAAGCUGGUGUCCACCUACAAGAAUUACUACUCGCUGGUGCUGGAUGGCGCCCUGGACCGCGAGAGCGUGCCGGCCUAUGAUCUGGUGGUGAUGGCGCGGGACGGGGGCGCCCCUGCCCUGUCGGCCUCAGCCAGCGUGUCCGUGGAGGUGGCCGACGUGAACGACAACGCGCCCGCGUUCGCGCAGCCUGAGUACACGGUGUUCGUGAAGGAGAACAACCCGCCGGGCUGCCACAUCUUCACGGUGUCGGCCCAGGACGCGGACGCGCAGGAGAACGCGCUGGUGUCCUACUCGCUGGUGGAGCGGCGGGUGGCGCUGGUGGACGUGAACGUGUACCUGAUCGUGGCCAUCUGCGCGGUGUCCAGCCUGCUGGUGCUGACGCUGCUGCUGUACACGGCGCUGCGGUGCUCGGCGCCGGCGGCAGAGGGCGCGUGCGGUCCGGGGAAGCCGAGGCUGGUGUGUUCGAGUGCGGUGGGGAGCUGGUCGUGCUCCCAGCAGAGGAGGCAGAGGAUGUGCUCUGGGGAGGGGCCGCCCAAGACUGACCUCAUGGCUUUCAGCCCCAGUUUACCUCCGGGACUGGACAGACAGGAAGGAGAAGACAGGCCAGAAACAGGAUUGAAUUCCUCGGGACAGGUGAGUUUUGUAUAG